GUCGUAGAUCACAUCGCCGACUUUAUCGCAACCGAUUUCGUCGCUCAGUUGCAAGGGGUACGAGGUUUGGGUUUUUGCCGCCAUGAAGUUCGUCACCCUCUUCCUGGUCUUGUCCCUGGUGGUCCUCAUGGCCGAGCCCGGCGACUGUUUCCUUAAACACUUCAAAGGUUUGUGGGGAAGCGCCAAGGCGGCGUUCCGAGGUGGAAGGGCGGCAUGGAAAGCUCACCGAAACCUAGUCCAUGAGCAAAAGAGGCUUGAAUGGGAGAACCAGCAACAGAACCGGGGCUACCCGCCGCCCCAGCAGUACGUGCCCAUUAUCGUGGAGGACUGAGCUCAACACGGCGGUUGGGGGGUGGGGGUGGGGGGGGGGACACGUACGUGGCACACGCGGCAAAAUGAAAAUAUUUCCAGCCCGCCGGAAAAUAAAGUUCUGCUUCAUCGCUUGUCGUCAUUUGAAAAUCUCCGAUUUCCCUGUGACGGUCUUAACGCUCAUCACCGCCCGGCUGAAUAAAGCAAACAUGAAAGACAGAAAAUUUGUCUUAUUAUUUUGAGACUGAAGACUUCCAGUGGCUCCGAGAUAACUUCCAGGUCGGACCU